GCUGAAAGUUUUCCAGAGCGCUACACAUUAUGUCCUCCACGGCCUUCAACCUGGUACAUCAUACAAGGUCAAGGUCACUGCAAAAUACGGGGACAUGCUCAGUAUACCCAAGCAGGUAUCCAUCACUACCAUGGACGCUCCUGGUAUCGGAACAGGAGUAAUCGCAGGAAUUAGUACAGGGCUGGGGGUUGUAGUCGUCGUGGCCGUGGUCGUUGUUCUGCGGAGGACUGGAGGACAUCGUUUUCUGAGUAGUCGACGACAACCAGUCGAAACAGCGAGGAUUGCCAAUAAUCUUGAUCCGACCAGACCGAGGAUGGCAUCCUUUAAGAACAAGUCUUACGCCGAGGACGAUGACAUCUACCACUACGCCAGCAUGCCGUUUUCGACGUUGCAGGCAAAGGAGAUCGCUGCUGAUAAGCUGACGCUUAAGAAGGAAAUACAGAGUGGCAGGUUCGCUCGUAUUUACAAGGCUUCUCUGAAAAGUGGUAAAACACAGCAAGAGGUGGUCGCUAAAGUUCUUAAAGACACCCAUGAUGAAGACAGUGCCUUACUGAUGAUGGCCAAGAUCAACUUUGCUGCCACAAAGGUCGGGGAACAUCGCAACGUGCUGAAUUUCAUUGGCGCAGUUGUCAGCAACGAUGCUUUGGGACCGGUAAUGGUGCUGGAGUAUUGUCAAAACGGACAGUUGGACAAAUGGUUAAACGACAAACGGAGGGCUAUGACCACGGACGUCUUUGAUACAAUCCAAACAAUUACUUUGGGAAUAUCUAGAGGAAUGGAAUACCUUUCAAAGAGACAGAUUGUUCAUCGGAAGCUCGCUGCCAGGAACUGUCUGUUAACUCCCGAAAACGAUAUCAAGAUUUCCGGAUUCGGACCAUCCAGCACUGAAGAAGUAGCCGAGGACAAUUCCAAAGGGAAAGAGAGCAGCUCACAGGAUCGAAUCCCAAUAAAGUGGACGGCUCCAGAGUGUCUUCAGUCUCUGAAGGGAGCCAAUGAGAAGAGUGACAUCUGGUCCUUUGGGGUCACAAUGUGGGAGAUCUUCAGUCUGGGUCAAACUCCCUACCCUGACAUGCGGAGCAGAGAUCUACCAAUCAAACUCAAGAAUGGGUACAGACUCCCCAAUCCAGAGUAUGCUGAGGAAAUACAUCAGGACAUCAUGCAAGGCUGCUGGAAGCAGAACCCUAAAGAGAGGCCUACUUUCGCGAUUGUAGUGGAAAAACUGGAGACGUCGUUCGGUUAUAGACCUGGGGAGUCUGGGGAGGUUUACUACACAGCUACCUAAUGCAUGCAGAUGUUAUACAUCUGACACCUUCUGAAAAGAAUAGGUCGCAAAUUUACUUAGCUUAUUCUAUAUGUCUUUUUAUAUUUCUUUAACUAUUAGACGCAUUUUUUAUACAGCGUGUGCAUUUUUCAGAGACGUGUACUUAGGGGUGACGGGGUAGCCAAGCGCUUAAAGAGUUCGUUACAACUUAAAACUUUCCCAGUUCAACAUGGGUACAACGCUUGAAGCCCUUUUUGCAUUCAUUGUAAUAAUGCUGGAAUGUUGCUUUGUCAAUACUCACUUGUUGUCGCGGACGGCCACAAAUUAUGUGAAGGGGACCUUCAGGAAAGACGAACACUCACCUCUGGACCAGUUGAUUGUAUGUUCGCCCUUUCCUCACACGGCUAUUAUCAGACAUUGUUCCAUGACACCGGUGACCAAUAAACGCCGAUUAAUAAUUACUUCCUUUGAAGAUGUCGCUUCCUGGACGGCCAUUUAAAUCUGUAUCGAGUCAAGACAAAAAAUUGUGUUUUGAAUUUAGAUGUCAUGCCUUAAUACGUAGGCCAUUAAUUGAGUUCUCUUUCUGUUUGUAAGUGGAAACGGUGUGUAGCUCACCUAUAGGCUAGACCUUAUAUCGAGAAAAGAACACAAAUGAUUUGGACCAAAAUAAAUUUACAGACGAUGAUAUGUAACAAAACGUCAAGUUUGAUUUGCACAGGUGACAAAUCAUGGGGGGAUAAUUUCGCCAGCGGCGGAGAGUAACUGGAUGGGUAACCGCGCUCGGAACGUUUGACUUUUGAUUCUCUUUCUUCGGUCCUGCUCCACGGCUUAUUACACCUGGUAUAUCCUUAGUUCAGUUCAAACGUUCUAUGUGGGAUGAAAAUCUAAAUUGCUCAUUGAGUUUUAUGAUGGGGUGGGAUGGUUAAAUGGACUGCUGGGUUUCCAUCCGAGACAAUAAACCUUUUACUGUUUUUACAAGUCAAUAAAUAAUAGCUCUAGUCGUCAUAUUUUCACUCUGACAGUGGCCGACAUCGUCACUAGAAAAGAAAUGAGUUUAGUGAAAAAGCAGUUAGCUUGAUUUACUUGAAGGCUCUACAUCACCUUCAGCUUUAAGAUUCACUGAGAGUCAGGGUUCGCUUGACAAAAAAUCUUUUGGUGGAUGUGAACAGUUUAAAAAGAAACUACCUAUCUUCCGGUAUGUUUCUACCUGAAAUAUCUUCAUUCUUCAUUAAACUUUUGAACUGUUCCUUCAGCAGCAGUAAAAAGGUUCCCGGUAGAUUCAGAUGGACAUGUGAAUGCAAAACCGACAGCUUUGUUUGCAUACUCCCCUAGCUGAAAAUGAAAACUAAAUGUAAACCGAACCGUUGACCUGUCACCCUAAAAACAGACUUUGUGGAACAAAGGAUAAACAAAUGUACAUGUUAUCAUACUCAAUCAAUUCGGUAGAUUACGGUUAACACAUUUAACAAUCGGGACCGGCCUGUUAAUAUUCUUGAAACAGGAGCUGGACUUUUUAAGGCAGGACAGACAUUAUUUUUUAACCCAAAACCUAUUAAUUUCAUAACCUCGAGCAUGUCCAGUCAGCAAAUAUUUAUUUUUAUGACAAAUACGUUUUCAGUAUUUUGGGUAACAGGCACACCCAUGCAACUCCUAUCUCCGGAAUAUAAAAAGGCCGGUCCUAAACAAAUAUAUAAUUUAUAUGUCUAAGCUGUUUUCGUGCUUUGUUCGUACAAUGUUUUUUGACAUUAUCUUAUUGUCCUGUUUUACAUAUCUAUUCUAUUUUGUUCUUAUAUUUUAUGGUCAUUUUAUUCCCAUACUCCAAUAUUGUAUACACAAAUGAAAACCUUAAAAGUAUUUCCACAGGCACAAUAUUCAAAACUCAUUAAUGUUGAUGUGCGCUGUUUUGUAAUUGUAACCCGGACGCCAACGCUUUUAAAAAAUAUAUUUAACUGAAUUUUAAUUCUGCCAAACACAA